AUGGCUGGUCUUCACUUGCUCCUGUGCGCCGGGUUGAUGUCUCUGCCGACUUGCAGAGCUUUUUUCCGGGGACCUCUCCAACCCGAGAUGUCCAACGGGACCUUCCACCACUACUUCGUGCCGGACGGAGACUACGAGGACAACGACGACCCCGAGAAGUGCCAGAUGCUCUUCAAGAUGACAGACGAGCGCAAAUGCAGUCUGGAUGAAGACCAGGACGAGGUGAUCCGGGAUGACUUCACCAUCAUCAAGAGGCAGAUUGAGGACACUGCCAGGGUGCUGGAGGGCAUUGGGAGGAGCGUCUCCUACGACCUGGAUGGAGAAGACAGCUAUGGGAGAUACCUGAGGAGGGAGACUGCUCAGAUUGGAGAUGCCUUCACCAGCUCGGAGAAGUCUCUGCUGGAGCUGGAGGUGAAGUUCAAGCAGAGCCAGGAGAGCGAGAUGAAGGAGGAGCACAGGCUCAACGAUGACUUUCUGAACAUGGUGGUGCACACUCGGGACGUCCUGAAGGACACGGUGGACAUCUCGAUGGGGCUGAAGGACAAGCAUGAGCUCCUGUCUCUGAUCAUCCGCAGCCAUGGCACCAGGCUGAGCAGGCUGAAGAACGAAUACAUGAAGUUCUGA